GCUCAGGGACCUGAAAGAAAGAGCUCCUCCAUGAAAAGGAUUUUUGGUUAAUUCCGCUAAAUAUACACACAGCUUUGACAACAGGAACAUUUCUCACCUCCAAUAAGACACUUUAUGUUUUAUUCUAAAGAAAAUCCAUCCGUUCAGAAGAUGUUCUGCACCCCUUCCCGCUGAAGCUGUGAGCUGGGUCCCUGUUUUUCUCUUUCAAAGACCCCAAAACCUUUUUCCGUUUCUUUUUUUCACUUUGACCACAGACGGUUCAUUACCAUAGGGGCCUGUGGCUCAUUGUUGGGGAGGAUGGCUGGGUGUUGUGUGUCGGCGGAAGACCGGGAGACCAGGAGGAUCAACGACGCGAUAGAGGAGCAGCUGCGGAGAGACAAGAAGGACUCCCGCAGGGAGCUGAAGCUGCUGCUGUUGGGAACCGGUGAGAGUGGAAAGAGCACCUUUAUCAAACAGAUGAGGAUCAUCCACGGAGGAGGAUACACAGAUGAGGACAAGAAGAGUUACGCUAAGCUGGUCUACCAGAACAUCUACACAUCAAUGCAGACCAUGAUCCGGGCCAUGGGACCGCUCCGCAUAUCCUUCUCUGAUCCGCAGAACCAGAACAAUGCAAACUCAGUCCUGGAAGUUGAGAUAGACAAGGUGGAGGAGUUGGAUCAGAACCUUCUGGUGGCUAUCAAGAACCUGUGGAACGACGCUGGAAUCCAGGAGUGCUACGACCGACGCAGGGAGUACCAACUGUCCGACUCCACCAAAUACUAUCUCACCGACUUGGAUCGGAUUGGCCAACCUUCUUACCUGCCAGACCUCCAGGACAUCCUCCGAGUCCGAGUGCCCACAACGGGUAUCAUUGAGUACCCCUUUGAUAUGGAGAACGUCAUUUUUAGGAUGGUGGAUGUUGGAGGUCAGAGGUCAGAGAGGAGAAAGUGGAUCCACUGCUUUGAGAACGUCACUUCAAUCAUCUUCCUGGUGGCACUCAGUGAGUACGACCAGGUGCUGGCGGAGUGCGACAAUGAGAACCGCAUGGAGGAGAGCAAAGCCCUGUUCAAAACCAUCAUUACCUACCCCUGGUUCGAGAAGUCCUCCGUCAUCCUUUUCCUCAACAAGACCGACAUCAUCAAGGAGAAGAUCAUGUACUCUCACCUAGCCACCUACUUCCCUGAAUUCACAGGACCUCAGCAGGACCCGAUAGCAGCUCAAGAAUUCAUCCUCAAGAUGUACCAAGAACAAAAUCCCAUUAAAGACAAGAAGCUGUACUCCCACUUCACCUGCGCCACGGACACCGAAAACAUCCGCUUCGUCUUUGUGGCCGUGAAAGACACCAUCCUCACAGCCAACCUUAAGGACUUCAAUCUGGUGUAGCUACGACGGAAGGAAAUGCCAAUCAACUCUUUGUCCAUACUUGACAUAAAAGCUUUCCUGGAUUAAAUACUAUCCAAAAAGUGUAAGAUCCAUUUAAGCUGAACAGAUGGAACCCGCAAAGCAUAAACAAUGAGUUGCGUAGGAUAUUCUGCCUAAACCGUAACUUUGUAUAGAUGAAGUUUAUCUUUUAUUUUGUUCUGCUGUAAAGGCUACUUUAAAGUUGUAGAAGGAAUGUGAAUCUUAGAGAGGUAACUUGUGGACCUAAUGUGUGAAUAACUUUCUUUAAAAACAUAUAUAUCACAAUUAUCUGACAGGCUUUAACUAAUUUACUAUCAUUUAGCAGCCACAAAGAGCCCUUUAGGCAUUGAUUUCCCUACAAGAGGCUAAUUUAUUUAGAAGGUUUUUAAUGUUUAAAUGUACAAAAUCUGAGAUGUGCGAAUAGAAGCUGAACUGGUUAAUUUAAGUAGAAAUUUAAAUAUUAUUUGUGGAUAUUGUUGUAAAAACUGAAAAGUACAAAAAUGUUGAUAUUGGUACUGCAGAUUAAUAAAGAUGGCACUGAAAUUUGAA